AUGUUGUUGUUUAGUAGUAGUAGUUUGGUCUUGUUUAUUAGUAUUAUUGAUGCCACUGCUAACCUAGAUACUACUGCUAACCUGGAUGCCAUUGCUAACCUGGAUGCUACUGCUAACCUGGAUGCUACUGCUAACCAGGAUGCCACUGCUAACUAG